AUGCCCGCAGUAACCUUCAAAGUGAAGUCCAUCACAGAACUUCUUGCAAUUCGUGCACGAGACCAACCGGAUGAUCCUGCUAUCUAUACGGGGUCGCCUGAGGAUGGUUCUGCAAUAGUAUUGCGCUCGCUCACUUUUUCUCAAAUCCAGUCUGCCGUUGACCGGCUUGCAUGGCACUACUCCUCCCUUGGCCUCGCUCCAAAAACGGCCCUAGGCGAGGUACCACCUGUGCAGACCAUUGCUGUCUUGACAAGCACAGCAAUCGACGAAUCACUUCUCGAGAUCGCCCUUGCAAAGCUUGGCCUCACCGCCCUCCUUCUCUCGGUGAACAACUCCGUUCCAGCAGUGGCACAUCUCACCAAGCUCACUGAUGCUACCCACCUUAUUUACGGCACGAAAUUCGUCCAAGAAGCACAUGACGCGCAGAAGGUCCUUCACAACCAAGGGUACACAGUGGAGCUCGUCGAAGACAAACGUUUUCCUUUGUGGGGAUCCGAGGGUGUUGAGAACAACGAGAUCAAGCCCUUCCCGGCCGUUCUGACACCAGAACAGGAGAGCAAACGACCUGCCGUCAUUCUGCACUCUUCUGGCUCGACUGGAUUCCCUAAACCAGUCCGCAUUACCCACUACGGUCUCAUUGCAAACAUCGCGUUGAACCAAAACAUGCCGGGAUUCAGUACUCUGCCUGUGUUCCAUGGAUACGGUCACUUUGCCGUAUUCCGAUGCAUCUAUCCUGGCCAACCACUGACGCUCUUCCCGCCUCAUCUGCCUCUAACAUCCAGUAACAUCUGUGCCGUACUCGCUGCGUCUCCUCCAGUCCGACAAUGUCAUGCCGUACCAUAUGUUAUUAAGCUACUUGCGGAAACACCUGAAGGUGUCAACGCUCUAGCCAGUUUUGAUGUCGUCGGAUAUGCAGGUGCUCCUCUCCCCGAUGACCUCGGUGACAGACUCAUACAAGCAGGAGUGAACUUGCUUAGCAUCUACGGAACCACAGAGACCGGAGCUCUGAUGAAUUCCAACCGCGACUUCGCGACAGACAAACUCUGGAACUGGACCCGCCCUCUCACCGGUUCAGCCAACUACCUCGUUUGGGAACCACAAGGUGGCGACACCUUUGAAGUUGUCGUCAAGGACGGGUAUCCUUCCAAGAUCGAGACCAACCGCCCCGACGGAUCCUACGCGACCAAGGACCUCUUUCUCCGACAUCCCGAGCGCAAGGACUUGUACAAAUACAUCGGACGGCUUGAUGACACGCUCGUCCAUAUCCUCGGGGAGAAGACUAACCCCGUUCCCAUGGAACUCUGUAUCCGUGGAAACAGCCCAUAUGUUGCAGAAGCCAUUAUCUUCGGAGCCGGAAAACCUCAAACAGGAUGCCUUAUCCUCCCCUCUGACCUUGCACAUGAAGAAGGCCUCUCCCGAGAAGAGCUCAUGUCCAAAGUCUGGCCCGUCAUCGAGCAAGCCAACGCAGAAGCACCGACACAUUCACGGUUGCUACCCGAGAUGGUAGAGUUCUUGCCUUAUGGUACAGGUAUCCCAGUAGCCACCAAGAUGAGCAUACUCCGACCAGCAUGUUACGCAAAGUUCAAGGAACUCAUUGAGAGCAUCUAUGCCCGAUUCGACCGAACUGAUGUCGAGGUAGAGAAGAAGACUCUACCACGGGAAGAGUUGGAGGCGUACAUCUUUGACACGAUUGCUAAAGCUCUUGGUCCUAGUCGCUCGGCAAAGCUCGAUAGGAAAAUAGAUCUCUUCGCGUUCGGUGUCGACUCGUUACAGGCGACAAGGAUACGGAAUAGUUUGCAGAAGGAGCUUGAGUUGGGGACUCAUAACCUUGGUCAGACGGUGGUAUAUGAGCAUCCUUCAGUGGAAAAACUUGCAGACUAUAUCCUGCAAUUGCAAAGCGGAAGUGGCGUUCAAGUAGACAAUGGACACGAAGCCACGAUGCUGGCAAUGCUCGAUAAAUGGAGCGCCAAGAUCGGAAAACACGCAGUCAGAGCUACUGCGCUAUCGAAACCUACCGACGCACGCGUAAUCCUCCUUACCGGCGCAACGGGGUCCCUCGGUGCUCAUAUCCUUUCUCAGUUAACAGCAUCCCCCUUAGUUCGAAAGGUCAUCUGCUUGUCCCGUGCCAAGUCUCAUGCAGAAUCUAUGGAACGUAUCAGGGAGUCCAUUACUGCCCGAAAGGUCUCCAUCGACGAAAGCAAGGUUACGUCGUAUGCAGCAAACGCUAACGAGCCUCUCCUCGGGUUGACGGAAGAAGAGUACGGCGCCGUGAGAGAUGAGGUGACGGAUGUUAUCCAUAACGCUUGGCCAGUCAACUUUGUGCUCAACAUCGAGUCUUUUGACUCUCACAUCGGCGGGGCGGUGAACCUGAUCAAUCUGUGUCUUGAAUCACCCUUCUCGGAGCCUGCGUCGUUCGCAUUCAGCUCGUCCAUCAGCUGUAGGCAGGGAUCAAGAGACGAGAUAUGUCCAGAAGACUUUCCCCCCGCCCCAUCGACGGCUGCGGAAACAGGUUACGCGCAGAGCAAAUGGGUCGUGGAGAAACUGUGUGAGCACGCAGCGGAGAAGAGUGGGGUGCCGGUGUCCGUUCUGCGGAUAGGCCAGAUGGUCGGGGAUUCUGUGCACGGUGUUUGGAACGAGACGGAGGCGUGGCCGUUGAUGUUCAGAAGUGCGAACACUGUGGGCGCAAUUCCCGAGGUUGACGAGAAUCCUUCGUGGCUUCCUGUAGAUUUCGCAGGGAAGAGUAUAACGGAAGUCGUAUUGAAUGCGACGAAGCCCGCUAUGGCUGUGUAUCAUAUUGUGAAUCCCAACAUGUCGGCACAUUGGAAGGAUAUUCUUGAUGGAUUGGAAGCUUCUGGUGUGAACUUCGAGCGAGUAGAUAAGAACGAGUGGGUGGAGAGGUUGGCCAAAUCGGAUGAAGAUGGAAAGAAAAAUCCGACUAUCAAGUUGCUGCCAUUCUUCCGUAUGAGAUAUGGACCGUCCCAUAGAAAGCCGAUGGUAUUCUUGACAGAAGAAACGACCAAGAUCGCACCGAGUUUGAAGCAGGCGCCGACCGUAGAUGGGGAGCUUGUGGCAAAAUGGGUGGCACAUUGGCGAACGACUGGAUUUAUUCACUGAUUCUAGUGAAAAGAGAAGUAGGUUUUGUAAGAAUAGAGAAGAGUUCGGUAGAAAAAAUAUGUACCUCGUUUCUUUUGCCUUUUGCCAGUCCUGCCGUAGUAAGUUUCGAAGAGAACAUUAAC